GGAAGCCAGACGAUGGCGACGGCGUCGGUCUGAUUGCAGUGUGAUUCGGGCAUUGGUUUAAUAGCUCAGAUUGGUGCAUUGUUUUUGAUAUUAGAGUAGAGAUUACUGGAAGAGCAUUGAAAAGCAAACGAAAAGCGGGGUAAGGAAACUUUUUUUAACACAGCACUUUCAGUUAGAAACAUCCUCCAUACCUAUGUUGAUCCCUCGGGCUGAUCGGCGGGUUGCUUCUGCUUGCUGUUAUCACAAAUAGCUGUAAUGUGCUCUUUACUUACAAAUAAGUCCCUACUUUUUCCUGAAAUGAUACAUUAACCGACCUAGUUGAGAUGUAACAACUUGUUUCGAGAAAUACGAUGGACUCACUUCCGGCUUGGUAUCAAGGUUCGUCCCCAGCGAACCAGUUUAGUACAGCUGUUUUAUUAUUGGGAAUUCACAGUACAGACUGUUGCCGUAUUUCGUUUCCUUGCUCUCCGUAGAAAACUUAAACCUAGAAACACAUUUUAAGUUUUAAAAUUUCACACAUUUCAUUCUUUAUCGGCCCCCCUGAGAAUGGGGGAUUUUUGAAUAGGGUAGCUCAGAUUCUUCUCCAGAGAAGCCGAAAUUGGACCCUUCAGACCUUUUUUAAAAGUUGCAGACAAAUAAUUAAUCCUUCAAAUUUCAUUUCUCAAAGGGCACGAAUGAAAAGUUGAGCAUUCAGAUUCCAGCCAUCUUUACCAGGGGGGAGGACGGGAAGGUGCACAUAAUUCACCUUCUGAGCGUCAGAUUUCACGUGUAGUUUCACGUUACUUUUGAUGACCUUUGUUGUAAACAAACCCCUAAAGUUCGGACAUCCGUUCUCUGCCACAUACUGUACUUGUAUGAACUACGAGUUGCUAUUUCAAGUUCGCGUUACAGUCAAGGCAGGUCAAGCGUACCCCCCAAGAUUCUAUUAAUGAAUUAAAUAUUUGAAAAAUGAAUCUGUUAAUCAUUCCUGUAACUAUUGUCAAAUUCAAAUCAGCAUUCCUGCAUGCGCAAUGAGCAGUGAAUAUUUUACGAGAACUUCCCAGUAUUUGGUCAGAUUGAAAAUCUUUGAAUGGAUUAAAUUUAUUAGAAGACAUUUACAUCAAAUUCAGGGAAACUGAGCUGGUAGAAAUUUCGCAACUGAAUUGCAUGUGAAUUCACAGCUCAUUGCACACGCAAGAAUGCAGAGAUGAAUCUGAAAUCUACAACUACCCACGGAUUCAACUUUCAAAUAAUGAAUGAAUGGGAUCUUGGGGGGUACGCUUGACCUGGCUUGACUGUAAUUUAUAAAUUUCAAGAUUCAAGGUGGCAACCUUGUUUUGAGAUGUCACAGAAAUCCAGCAGUGCCACCACCCACAAAGUAUUCCUCAUCAUGUAGAGAAGAUCAAAGGCUUUCCACUGAAGGCAAAAUUCUUUUGAAACACUGCAACAUAUCAAAAACUAUAAAAGAGGGGGGGUCCAUCAACCCACCCCUCUUGUACCACGGUGGAGGUCUGUGUGUAUGUCUGAGGUUUAAGCAGUGGUCCUAUGGAUGUCGUCAAGCUGACAAUGAUUAAGCAAAAUUCUAUACUAUUUUGCAAAAGUUAGAGUCCUUACAUGUCCAAAGCAAUGGAGCUAAGAACCAAAAUUUGGUUUUUUGACUAAACUGGGAUUCGGCUAAAAACUUUAAACAGCGAACUUUAGAGUACCCGACUACUGUUUUUUAUGCCUAUAAUAUUAUGCCUCAUAAUUCCGAAGUUGAGUUGAAGUAUCAUACCACCAAAAUCAUACAAGCAGUUACACUAUCCAAAACAGUAGCAGUGGACAGAAAAGGGUGAAAUAAAACUGAGAAUCACAGUAGCUAUACAAAGCAUGCAUAAUACUAUUGCAUAAAACUGACAUUUAAUUUAGCAGCCAAUAAGUUUACAAAAUUCUAGUACUCUGAUACAUACCUAUACAUGUACCUUAACCUAUGGUGGCUGAAAACUGUCUAUUGAAAAUCGGAAUUUUGGAUGUUAUUCUUUUGGCUAUUAUUUCCUUUAUCUCUUUUUUUCAGUUUAUUUAUAUUUUUUUGAUUUUAUAUUAUAAGAAAAGUGAAAGGAAAACGAAUAGAGCCACCCAAAACGAAAUGAAGCCCAGAAAUUAAAAUCUAAAUUAAAGCAAAAUAGAUUUUGAUGCAGUUAAGUACUAGUCUGCUACUACCAGCAUGCAUUUCUGGACUAUUACACAGCAGCUCCACUAAUAAUGGCGACAUAUGAUGCAGUUUCACUUUUAUCUGAUUUAAAUAUUCCAUAUUUCAAACCCUGCGUUUACAUCAUUCCAUUCAUUUUUUAGUAUUGUAUGAAAUGAAAAUUACAAAAUGAAAUAUUUUAUUAACAUUUUAAAAGCUUCGCGUGACUAAUCUCGCAUGACUUAUUUUACAAAACCAAUUGACGUCAUAUGGCGGCUGUCGCUCUUGGUGCUCUGAGCCAAGGGACAGCAAUAUAAGACUUCCUUCUUUCAUUUACCUUUGCUGAGCUGUGUGUGUCUUUUGGCCAUGGAUAAAGGUUAGGCUUGUGUGAUUUUAAAUUCUUAAACACGUGGUAACUUAAAACAAGUCACGAGAGCGAGCAUUUUGAACUCACAAUUCACAAGUCGUAUUAAAAUGAUAAUCAUUCUUUAUCUUCUGUCGCGUCUGUAUGAAUUUCCGCGCGGAGCCAGUUGGAUAGUGUGUAUCUGCCGCACGUUUCCUUUUUUCGUUUUAACUGAGCUAUACUAGGUACGGUUUCAAGGUAUGAAAUUAAAUGAGGUCUUUGUGUACGUUCGUUCGUUUCGGGUGUCUGAUAUUCAAAUCGCCAUCGCAGUAUUUACAUACCCAGGACCAGAAUUCUGGCCUGGCAAUCAGAGAGUCGUACUGAUUUCCUUCGAAACUAACGUCUUGCUCUAACCUCCUGAAAGCAUUUCUUUAGAAUUACCAGCCGAAUAGGAAAACGUUAGCUGCAUUUGCAGUUGACUAAGUAUAGCCUAGUAUCGUUUUGCUUGCUUGAGCAUAGAAAUCGCCGUUAAUUCGUCCGCUCCCUUGUGACUCUGUCUGCCACUUAUUCUCAGGAAGGCGGCGGAAUACUUUAUGGGUUCUACACCUGGGCUUAUACAUCUUUGUAAGUGGUUUUGGGUGAGGGCUUAUAAACGGAGGGACUUAUAUCAGAGGGGCCCGAUAACCGGAAUAGAAAAAGCGCUUCGAAACAAAAUAUGUACAGUGGAACCUUGAUUUAACGAACCUCUAUUUAACGAAGUCCUCGAGCGGUAUAACGAACUAUUUUCUUCAGCUAGGCCAAAAUUACAAUAAAAUGUAUGGAACAGAAGCUCGAUUUAACGAAAUCCUCUUUAUACCGAACACAAUCCACAAGCACAAACGUAAAAUUUACCUCGAUAUAACGAAUAAAUGUCAACAUGUGAUAAAAGAUGAAUGCCAAACAGACCAACAAGGAUAAAAGUUAUGUGUACAGCAGUUUUAAGCAGUUUCGUUUGCCUGUUCUUGAGUUUCUAGUGCUGUAACUAUGUAUAGCUCGGUACUGAAAUGUUAUUACAGUAAUUUUUCAGAUCCGGAAAUGCUGGGUUUUGUAAAUUAAUUGUUAACUAUACCUCGAUAUAACGAACAUUUUGCUAGUUUUCCCGAAAAUUCUUUAACAAACAAACAAAUUCCCCCAGUCCCUCGGCACUUCGUUAUAUCUAGGUUCCAGUGUAUUGUAUUUAAAAGGUCAUAAUAAGGGAAGUUAGAAGUGGGGCCUUACAUCCGGAGGGGGGGGGGGUGAAGGGGGCUUACAGUCGGAUGUCUUUUUUUAAAUUAUAAGAAGAGGAGCCUCCACCUGGGAGUGGGGGGCUUAUAAGCGGCAGUUUAUCUUAUGAUCCUUUCGUAGAAAAGUUGACAAAAGGUUCGGUUCGUCUUUUACGACCGUUAUUCAAUUGGUUUUACAUAGAAUUAAGAAAUGUUUUAAACUAACGUCAUGAAAUUAUUUAUUUUUCCAAAAUAAUAUUUUUGUACCACAACUGUAAAGACCACUCGAAGCUAACCUUCACGUUCUUUGAAAGGCUUCCGGGCCAAAAAGACACCAAGAAUCCACACCCUUUUGGGAGUGAGAGGGUUUCAAUGACUAGCAUCCAGUUGUGAAUCACUUGGAUGUGUGAUAUAGAAAUUUGUAAAAAACUAUGUUCCAGUAAUUCUGGGACAUUUGAUCUUUCAUGUGACGUUAAGUUACGUAAUCUGUUUCAGUGCAAUGUAAAGGUAUCAGCUAGAAAAGAUAACCUGGUAGUUUUUAUCUCAUUUAUUUCACGUUCUCUUGCAAAGCAAACACUCCAAAACAGACAAUCAGGACAAGCACCUUGUAUGUUCAUGUUAACAAAAAGCAGCUGACUGCUAUGAAUCAGUUUUACUCUUGGCAGUGCCGUAGCCAGACCUAACGGCCAACCGAGGCAGGCGGGAGUUGCUAGGGGGGUUCGGGGGCAUGCCCCCCCCCUGAGAAAUUUUGAACUUUAGUCUCUCGGAAAUGCGAUUUGCAGCGUUUUCUGGGCCUUUCGGUAACUUUUUUUCCAGUUAAUUUAAGUGGAAUUUAAAAAGCAAUAAUCAGAAACAAGCUACAUAAUCUGGGUGACCGUUAACCUCGCCAAUGGUUUGAUCAGUAUUUGUUCAAAAAAAAUUUGAGUUAACGUACGUAGCCCCUUGAGAUCGAUGAUAUGGUAAUUUUUUCAUAGUAUAUUGACUGAAUUGCUGAAUUCUUUGUAAUAUCAUGAUGCGUUAAAAAUAUCCGAUGAUCGCUUAUGUAAAAUAAAAAUGAUCGGCGAAAUUCGUCAAAAUUUUACCGAGGUGAGUGCCUCGGUUGGCCUCAUACUAGCUACGGCGCUGUUUGGUUUGUAUGCUAGAUUGCUAAGGAAAAGAAACACACACACACACUAAUCUGAGCGUCUGGCCUUAUUAAGAGGUAAGGGGAAAUUAAGACGAAGAAAUGGGGAGAGAAAAGGGGGAGAAAGGCCUGACACACGAAGGCAUUCUUCUUCUCUUCACUACCUCCCCUUCCCUCUAGAAAAGCCCAGGCUAGUAAAAGGCACCAGCGGUUGGAAAACGCAUUUUCUGGUCAUGUGAUCUGCUACUUUUCAUGUUCUAGAAGGUUGUUUAGACCGAUAGAAGUCAAUCGGUCACAUCCAGUGAAACGCUUUACCUUUGUUUUACCACCAAGUGAAACGUUUUUCCGUUUUCCCAGUAGUAGCUGUAAUUGAUUAUCUUUUUUUCUAUUGUAGUAGUUUCUUUAUUCUCCAUUGUAGUAGUUGUAAUUGAGUCUUUCUAUUAAUUUUUUUUAGAUGUUGGACGACUUUGAAGUUUAAGUAUGGCAUCUGUUUUACAGAAGGCUCAAACGCAUGAUGACCGAGUACAUGGAUCUCGCAAAGUGAAAGUCACUAUUUUGGCAUCUGAAUGGAGGUCAAGUAAUGGGGGACUUUCCACCAUAAACAGAGAAUUAGCCAUUCAGUUGGCCAAGUUCCCUGAAGUGGAAAUCACUUUCUUUUUACCAAAAUGCAGUCAAGAGGACAAAAACGUAGCCCUUGAUCACAAAGUAACGAUCGUAGAGGCAACUCCACUGUCUUGUUUUGAAGAGCUUGAUUGGCUUUGCUAUCCACCAGACGAUUUGGAAAUUGACAUUGUUGUUGGUCAUGGAGUUAGACUCGGUAAACAAGCGCAGAUCAUUAAGAAAUCUAAAACGUGCAAAUGGGUUCAAGUGGUGCACAAAGACCCUGAGGAACUUAAGAUGUUUGAAAGCUAUUCUAGCCCAAAUUCAAAGGGUGAAGAAAAGCACAAGAACGAAGUAGAACUGUGUGAAAUGGCUGAUCAUGUCGUAGGAGUUGGACCCAAGUUGAGCGAGUCCUUUCGUUCAUAUCUUUCUGAUAGUAAUAAAGAUGGUAAUGUCUUUGACCUCACUCCUGGAGUGUUUGAAGAGUUAAAGACUGUAAAGCAAGUCAGUCAUAGCGAUAGGCAACAACGCAGAGUCUUGGUGUUUGGUCGUGGAGACGUAGAAGAUUUUGAAAUAAAGGGAUUUGACAUCGCUGGGAAAGCAGUUGCUGCGUUAGAAGAUACUCGUCUUGUGUUUGGGGCACCAGAUGGAAACCACGAAGAAAUAAUGAGGCGGCUAAUCGAGUGUGGUGUUCCUGCAAGUCGAUUGGAAGUAAAAGGAUUUGUUCAAGACCGAGAGGGUUUAAAGCGCUUAUUCAAACAAGUGGAUCUUGCAGUUAUGCCUUCAAGAACUGAGGGUUUUGGUUUAAUAGGACUCGAGGCAAUGUCAGCUGGUCUGCCUGUGCUCGUCAGCCGCAACUCUGGUUUUGGAGAAGCACUGUACAGUGUAGCUUUUGGUUCAGCCUUUGUGAUUAAGUCACAGGACCCCGCAGUGUGGACCUCAGCCAUCCAGAAGAUCUGGUCCAAGGACAGGAAAUGUCGACUUGAGGAAGCGGUGUCCUUGCGCGAUAAUUAUGGCAGGAAAUACAACUGGGCCAAACAGAUAAAAGAGUUAAUAAACAGGAUGGCCAGCCUGACUCACGGUAGGAAUGUCAAUUAUAUUUUCUUCAGUGGCACAGGAAACAAUAGAGAGAAAAAUGAAAAGAAACAAACUUAAAAUAGGAUCGCUUACAAGUUUUGCCCUGAAGUCUUGAUAAGAAUGUUCACCAAUAUCUAUCUGAACCUUAUGCUGAUAACAGCAAAACUGUAACGUUUGUAAUACCCCCAGGUACAUUGUUUUCAGCGGAAUAGUCUGUGGAGAGUGGUCGUCAUACCCGUCGGUCAUAGUCUUUAUUUUCAGUACUUCACAUAUUUGAUUGUAGUUAUACACACAUAAUCCCUGCAAUAACAUGUUUUCUUAUCUUUUUGCAACAGAAGAUUCUCGUAAGGCCAGGAGCUCUUUAGAAACAAAGUGCAACGCUUCUCAGAAGAUGGAAGGCAUGAGUGAGGACCAUGAAGGUAUCUUGGUAGAAAGCAUUCGUAAAAAUCAUUUCCGUCUAUUCUUAACCAAGUGGGAGAGGCGCGGGAGGCACGUAAGAGAUAGAAAAAAAAGGGACGGAGAGAGAAAUAAAACGGCGCCCCCUUAGCUUCUAUCCCAGGAAUGCACAACCUAAUAUAUUAUGCCCAACAAAUGUCCGCCCCGGGGAGGAAUGGGCGCACCUGGAAUUGACUGAACCUAAAUUUUGAAAGAGAUUAUUAUUGUAAUCAAAGUUUGUUUUUUGCAGCGCCUUCUAUAGAAAUUGACGACAACCAAAGAACGGGCACUCAUGACUACGAGCAGCUUGUUUCAGAAACGUCUCUUAGCAGUGACUGUGAAAUGAAAGGUGAUGCUGCAACAGGAAAUCCUGCUAAAAUGUCUACGAAUACAGACUCCCAGUCUCAAAAUAGCCGUAAGCGUAAAAUGUCACAAUUCUCUUGUAAUCCAGGUAUGCAAAAACAUGAGUAGUUUUUCUUGCUAUUGCUCGAUAGUACACUACUAUUUCUAAAAGGGGGAAGUGAUUAUUAGAUUAUUCAAAGGUACUUUUUCCUACAGGACUUGUUACCGUUUACGCUCGUACUGCAGAAGUGUAUUUUUUAUGAUAGUAAAACUUAUCUAUCCCCGAUAUCAAUAGUCGCUUGAUAGGCGCCAUUUUUAUCAGCGGUUGCAAAAAAGUUUUUAAGUAAAUAUUUAAAUAUCUAAAAGAUAUAGAUAUGUCGUAUGCCACUGAUAUUAGUAUUAUAAAGGAAAUAAAGGGAAAUGUAAAGAAUCGACCAUAACAGGACACAAAAAAAUCCGAGCCCCAGGUGAGAUUCGAACCCACGACCCUCCGUGUUCUAGAUCUAGAACACGGAGGGUCGUGGGUUCGAUUCUUGACAUCUCCCCUUAUAGUCCUUUAUAAUGCUAAUAUCAGUGGCAUAGGUUGAUGGGUUGGAGGCUCCUUCAUAGGUGAGGCAUUUCUUGCAAUUAAUGUGACUGCGUGAUGCAGUUAAGCCUUAAUGUGUUGCUUGUGAUGGACUGCGUGACUGCGUGAUGCGGUUCGCAAGUCCAACCCACAAAAAUGACCCUUGCUCGCAACGAGUCCUCAGUAGCUCAGAGGUUAGAGAAUCUGAUCCAGAACACGGAUAGCCGUGGCUUCGAAUCCCAUCUGGUGUCCUCUUAUGGUCGAUUCUUUACAUCUCUCUUCAUUUCCUUUAUAAAUAUGUCGGACAAUAAAUUAAAUUAGAAGAAUUACUUUGCGUACUAAAACUGUACUAACUGCAUAAAACCUACUAAAAACGAGUAAAAACGCUAGAUCAAAUUACAUAAAAGCUUUCUGGAAUAAAAAUGUCUCAAAUACCUUCUUAAAAAUCAGAGGCACCCAACGACUGUUUUCUGUAAAAUAUCUGUUCGGAGAAGUAAAUAUUGCCUAGAAGUUCCUAUUGCUUGAAUACGGUUAAUUAUUUCUAGAUGAGCGUUCCAUUCAAAUACUAUUUUCGAAGCUUAUCUACAAAAUGCCCUACGAUUUUCUGAAGUUUAAUUUUUCAUAUUUUACUCCUAAUGUUAAGCUAAUUUUCGUAUAAAAAGAAGGCCUAAAAUUUUCAGAUUCAAAAAUAUGAUGAAGAGAGAAAUAAGAAAAAUUAUCACUUUCGUAAAACGUUCAAUUACAUCUAAACCUUUCGGGAAAAUAACACUGUAGCCCUUGAAAUUUCGAAAAGACUGAAGUUCCCCUAGGAUGACCGAACAGAUACAAAUUUUUUUAGCGCCUCUUAGAAUGCAUUUCUAGAGAUCUAAAAGUACUCUGGAUAGCCUAAAAAGGUUUUUCAAUGCAUUUAGGAGGAAACCGUCGUUGGCCUCCCCCAAAAAAUGGCAACUGAGGGGCUUCUCUAUAUCGCAAAAGGAAACAAAAGUUUAGGAACAGCAACAGCAAAAGAGCAAUCUCCUGACGUGGUUUAAGUCCUGAAUUCUCCGCUAUGCCAUUGAAAAUAUCUUAGUGACAAAUAUUUUCAAAAAUAUAUGGGAUGAAAAUUCCCAAUUUUGCAAUUUGUAUCUUUCAUCGAAUUGCCAUAAACAGUAACAUUUCUUAGACAUUCAAGUAUGCGUCUAUUAUUGUGAAUCCCUUGUGGGGGCUUGGAUGAGUUUGUUAAUGCUCUUUGGCUAUGGUGAAGUUGCUUGAGUAGACAUUUAGUAAUGAUGAAUACCUUGACAAGAGCCGUCUCUUAAAUACAGGUACUUCAAGUGAGGAUAGCGGAACCUUUUUUAAGAAGCAUAUGCCCUCCAAGAUAGCUAGUCAUGAAGGUGCAUCUUCCCUGGGAAAGAAACCUCUUAACAGCUGGAGUUUGCAAAACAUUUCAGGAUCAACUUCUAGUACAGGUAAAUUGAACAAGCUAAUUAUUUUGAUAGGUUGGUCCAGUAGUAAUGUAGGUUCAGGAAUAGUGUUUUUCUUAAAAGAUGGCCCACCUGGAUAUUUAAAGGCAAAAACUUCAAAGUUUUAGUAGGUAACAAUGAUUUCGAAAAAACAGUCACCCCGUCGAACCCCGCUUUACGAAUAACUCGUAACUGAUUGCCAUGCGCAGGAGAAUUUCAGGAAAACAUGUACUGACUUCUAACGCACAGCAAAUCUGCAUAGCAUCGCUGCAUCUGUGCCGUAGAUUAGUUGCCUAUAUACUUAUAAGAGUUUUUGAAGAAUUAAACCGAAAAAAAGUCCGUAUUUUUACGUAUUCAAGUACGCGCAAGCAGUCAAACAAAAGGUCUGGAACAAGGCUGAAAAUAACCCUGUUAAUACGGCCACCUUCUAUGGCUCCUUCAGUGUCCGACGAGGUUUGACUGUAUUAAAAAGACGAAAAUCGUCAUGACCAAAUUGUACUGGAUGGACAUCGUAUUUCUCGUAGUCUCCCGCGAAGGCGUUCUCUCUCUAGUCACGUAACGCUCAUUCCAAAAGAAACGGCUGAUCACAUUGAAACAACAUUCCUUUCCCAUUUUUAUUAGCGCUCUGAACUCACCAAUCAUUUUUUUCAGCAAAUUGAGUGACGCUAGUUUAUCUCUGGUUGUGUUGAGGUGACAGGCAGGGCAAAAUUAAACAUAAACAGUUUACUGUCGCUUACAGCUAUGGAGUGAUAGACCAUUAGUAAUAAUCUGUGAACGUGUUUGUUGUCACAUGCACUACCCCACAUUGGGUACUGGAAACUACUCGAAAAUGACGCUGUGUGAGCGAGGCGACAGAAAAAGUAAAAUUAGGCACGCCAUCCAAGCGUGCUCUCGAUCUACUGACUAAAAAGAAAAAUAAGAGACUGCUCGCAGUCUAGCAAUUUAUCGCCUUGUAACCGCAAAAAUGAAAGUGAUCAAGACCCAGAGCGAGCCCAACCCAAGCUAUUUCCCCAAGGGGAGCUGUGGGAAAAGGUCUUGUUUACUUUGUUCCUUUUAAGUGAAAGUUCAAAUUAUAUUAACAACGUACAUUUGUGCAAGUAUGCACAAAAAUUUGUAUGAAGUCAUUGUAAGUAUUUUGUAAUAAAGUUUUAAAAAAAUCUGUAACUUUCUUUUUAUUGAUUUUCAGGUGUUGUAAGUGGCUUGGUCAGACUUUUUAUUUCUGUGGAAACCCAAGAUUUAAGUGAUGAAAAGCAAGAAAUAAUAGCUAAAGAUUUAGAAUAUCGGGUGUAUAUGUACCAAAAAUACCAUGACGUUUCGUCACCUGAUGGUAUAAGAGCCUUCACUGAAUAUUUGAAAGAGGCUUACAAAGUGGCCAUACGGAUGGUGGAAUCUGGAUCUUUGAUAAUAACAGUGCAAUGCCCCACCCUAGAGAGUCUUGAAAGUUUGUGGAAUGACUAUGAAUCCGGUCACCUUAAUGACAUCGCUGAGACAUUCCUGGUGACUGAUGAACUAAAGACAAAGCUCGGGAUGGACAAUAUCAGGUUGAAGACAACCAUAGAAGAAGAAAACUACUUGAUUUGUAAGAUGGCUUUCAUGGAAAUUUCAGGUGAGCUGGGCAAUCUUAAAGCCUAAACCUAAUGGAUAGCUAGUGGGUGAAAUGUUUUGCCAGAACUUUUUUACUCAAUACAAUACAAUACAAUACAAUACAAUGUUCUUUAUUUUGAGAGGGUAGAUACAUGAUUAACCCUGUAAAGAGUUUUCUAACACAUGGCCCUCUCGCGGCCCCGUAGGUUUUGAUAGAGCACUGAGUGCAAUAAUCCAGCUAAGUGUUCCCACCUUGGCAGUUUACAAUGAUAACUUUGUAAUUCUACCAGUCCGUAGAAUGUCAUGUACCACCUUAGUAGUAAAUAAACGAGGCAUUCAUAGACUAAUGGAGGUCAUGCAACAACAACAAAUAUUGACGAAUGCACUUCCUUAGUUAGAAAGAUUGGGAUUGCCGUGGAGGAUACCUCUUGAAGUACUCGCCACUCCUGUUUACUUUACUUUUUUGAAUUCGCCACGGUAACUCAACACGGUGACAGGGGAUGAAACAGGACUGACUUCCCAAUUGAUAUCAACCCUUUCAUUACCCACCCAGCCCAUGAAAGGUUGUACCACACCACCUGGGUGUACGCCCCGUACUCUUUACGAACAGCAGUGUGAGUUUUGUUACGUCCCACAAGAAUCAAAGCAUUGAAAGAGCUGUCCGGAGAGGUGAAGAGGUGUCCGCUUAAAACAAGUUUUAAUGGCCGUUAUAACUUGUAUACUGUUGUUGGUGACACCAUCGUUUUUCAUUACUAGGGGUAGCAACUAUCAACAAAUCUUCAUCUCAAACAGUUGAUUCAGGUCAGGUAGAAGAUCCAAGGUUGGAUGGAACAAAGUCAGAUGUUGUGAAGGUAAGAAUAUUUCUUUUAGGAACUUGCGAAACGGGCGAUGUUUUAAGGCAGUUAUGUAACAAGAUGGUCAAUUUUAGAUCCAAACGUUUUUAUCAAGAAAUUAUGUAUAGUGUUUGCGCCUUGUAUUUUAUAAUCGUAACCUGAAAAAGCGCCGUUAUGGAUUACUGAAAACAAAAUGAUGAAUAGGGAGAGAUGCUAGUUAGUUUUUAGGAAUUGUACCAAACAAAUACAGCCAAACCCCGGCAUAAUACGGACACUGAGGGGGCUAUAGGAAGUGUCCGUGUUAACGGGAUGUCCGUAUUAAGCGAGUUGAAUAAGAGAAAAUGAAAGGGCUUUCUUUCCCCAGGGAUAAAGCAAACUGUCCUUAAUAACGAGGUGCCUGUAUUAAGCGGGUGUCCAUAAAGCGGGGUUUGACUGUACUAAAAAGAACACAUUUAAUUUAUUACUUUUAUUUAUUUAUUUAUUUAUUUAUUUAUUCGUUUACUCAUUUAUUUAUUUUUAUCAUCCUAGGAUAAGAAGCAGGUCUUGACACCUAAGGCCAGAGCUGAGAAGGCUAAAGUAAGUUCAGUGGGAAGUUAAUUAAGAUACAUUUUGUAGUGUGCGCGUUUUGUGUAUUCCAAGAAAGUAAAAAAGUUUGAAAAACGUCUCUCGAUGCUACAUUGUUAACGACUUGCACAUAUAUCAACCUCAGCAGAGCGCAGCUUUAUUAUGAGUUGCAACAUUGUUAUUUAACUGCACACAAUUGCGACCCCUUUUGCAGUGGGUCGCCGUGGAGGAUUUUUUUCUCAGUAGUGAGACAGUGUAUCAUUACCUUCAGUAUUCAUAUAGAUGCAGUUAGUAAAGUUUAAUUUUUGGAACGAAGAGGGAUUAAAAUUAAAUCCAAGGUGAGGUUUUAUAACCGAGUGUAAGGUUGGUAGACUGAUGAAUGUGGCUUGUGUCAACAGGAUUAUGCAGUAGUUUUACAAUUACAUAAAAGGAUGUUUUUUAAAUAGGCAUCGAGAGGCCCUCUACACAAGGCUGCUAUCAGUGGGCAAUAUGAGACGAUCAAAAUGCUUCUUGAAAGUGGCGAAGACGUGGAUCAAAGAGAUCAGGUUUUAGCCCUCUCCACAGUUUAUGUAAAUUUAAUGUUUAGCUGGACCUCUUGCCUUCGCUUCGCUCUUGGAUUCUUGAAUUCCUUUCUUUUCCUGGCUGUGACAGAUUGAAUUCCGCGCGAGAAGCGUCGAAUCAAUGAAGAGGGGAAUAACGAGAGCCUGAAAGAAAGGCUUCGAGUAUUACAUGCCUUGCGUUUCCAAUAAUAUUUUGAUUGGUCGGUAAUGACAGGUUCCAUUAUUGUGACAAACAAUAGGACAGGACCAUCGCAAAUUAUUUUAUUUUGGCUCAGUUUCUGAAGAACAAAAUUGAACGGCUAUAUCUUUGAAAACCCUGCAUUUGUUGACAGUUUCAGCAUAUUCGAAUUAUCUGUCAUUCUCUGUAUAUCUUUAAAACAAGCUCAAACACAGUUCCCCUCGAAGGGUUUUAACUAAAAUGGGGAACGAACGCAUGUGACAGAGAAAUGGAACCAAGCAUUGUUUCCAUAUUUCAUUGUGCCGUUUCUAGUGCUCUUCCUGUGUCCCCCGUUUCAGUACAAUUGAAAUAGAAGACUUCGGACAACUUCAGGGGCGGAUCCAGGAUUUCUUUUAGGAGGGGGUGCACUCGUCUCUUGCUCUACUUCAACACCAAUAAACCACAUAGUUUUUUUUUUUUGCAGAAUACCAGAUGUAUUAGAAAACCGCAGGUCAUCUCAGGGGGGGGUGCGCACCCCCUGCACCCUUCCCCUAAAUCCGCCCCUGAACUUGGUUUUUUUCGUGCUGCGUUGUGCGAUAAUACAACAUGCAUCCCACUUUUUAAGGCCGUGUUCUUUGAUCGGGUUUUUUGUCUUUAUGGUAGUUGUUUUACUUUGCUGUUGUUGUUGUUGUUUAGUUAUUAUUUACAUACUUUAUGGGAAAGAGCUCACUAAACGAAAUAUAAGUAUGACAGGUACAUAUGAUAAGAAAGUGAUAAAAUAUUAGUUUUUUGUUAAAGUCAAAAAAAGAGCUAGUUAUUGGAGUUUGCAAUGUUUUUUAAUUUGAAUUGUUUGAGCCCAAAAGUCUUGUCAAAAGUAGAUUGAAAGAAAUCGCGCGGGUGAUUCUAGUCCUAAGAAGGGCUGCUGUUAACGGACAUUCCGACAACCUCUGCAGUAUUCGAAAAAACUCUUGCGAUGAUUUCCACAUCGUAAGAUGGCUCUGAUGAUGACUUCUAUACAAAAUGUUACCGGAAAUAUCAGUUAUGCCCCCAAUAGUCUGACUCACCCAGACAAUUACAUUCAAUCCACUUUAUUAAUAUUCAGUUUUAUUUUGACCCUGGAAGGCCGAUUACUUAGCCACCCUUUCAACUUUAUCUAACUUCGUUUUUUUUUCCUUUUUUGGUAGUUUUCUUUGACUCCUCUUCAUCUUGCCUGUUGGUAUGGACAGGAAUCUGUUGUCAAACUGUUGUUAGAACACGGUGCGAACAUCAACGCAGAAGACAGGGUGAGAUAGGGAACGUUUUCUUCCUGUUUUUUUCUAGUUUUUUUUUUUUUUUUUACAUUGGAUCAAUAAGUUGCUUGAGAGGGUUGGGGCAAGGGAAGUUGUUGUUUGUUAGUAUUAUUCACAUAAGAAUCUAGUAGUAACUGCGUAAUAACCUUUAAAAGGCAGUAUAUUUGCCUUAGCGAGCUCGGUGUUAUAAUUAAUAUGGUACAAGUAUUUACAAAGGCAAUUUGUUAAUUAAGUUUUUUCAACGUAUUACUACUGUUAAUUGUUUUUAUUUGAUAUUCUCGAAAAAAUUGGAGCGACAGCGAAAAAGUACAAAAUCAGAAUUAAAAAAAUAACUUGAACUUAAAAACAAUUACCCUUUGGAUUCUUUUUAUCUUUGCCUUUUCUAAUGCUUGUAUCUUCAUGAAUUACAAAAUGUGUAAAAGAAAAAAUAUUUUUACAUUAGUGUUAAAAAUUUUUACUGUCUUUUUUUCUUUUGUUUAUGAUAGAACACGUUUCUUUGGGCGGGAUCCUCUACUCCUAUAUAUCUUUAUUAUUCAAACAAGCCUUUAUGUUUCCUCCUCCUUCCUUUGUAAUUCAUUUUACUUCUCUAUCGCGUUCAUACGUUGAAAAUGCAUGAUCUCCGGUGUAAUCGUCAUCGGUGAUUUCGCUUGAAUUGCAGUACACUUGUAACUGAAGAACUGCGUAUUCUUUAUGCUACUUCUAAUUACCAAUUCCUUUCGUUUUCAUUUUCUAGUUUUAAUACAAACAAAAAAACAAACAACGUAAAAGGGCUUAGUUCCCGCAGGCUAACGUAAUGGCUUUUCUUUUUUUCUUUUUUAAUGAUUCAUUGGACGUUAGAUCUUGUUACUGACCAAUUGGUUAAUUAAGCCAAUGCUAAAACGCUAUGUCUGGAGAUGAGCGUAGAUGCGAAACGUAGAGAAUUUGUGAUUUUUCUCGCUAGCUCAACCCUGCAAUUUUUGCAAUUAACUGCACUUUGUACUAUAAUACCUUAUGUACACAUACCAGUAGUUAGCAUGUUUCUAUGGUAAAAUAGCAAAUGGUUUUACUCUGCUUAUUAUGUUUUUAGUUUCAACGUACACCUCUGCAAAAAGCUGAACGUCAAAACCACCACUCCAUAGUGCAGUUGUUGCAGAAGAAUGAUGCUAGACCAAGUCUUCAUCAACCAGUAAGAUAUCAGAUUGUAUCUUUAUUUCUGUUUCCCUUUUGCGAAACCUUCUUCUCACGUAAAUUAAGGCAUGGGUCAACAGCCAUUUUCCUGUGAAAAUGAGGGGGGUGGUCUAUAAUAUGAAUGGUUUAUCAUGAAGCAGAAAAUACCAAAAAAUAUUACACAACACCAAAAUUGAUGCUUUAAAACAGACCAGAAUUAUGCAAAUUAGGUCACGUGACCUUACAGCUCCUCAAAGUUUCAAAAUAUCUUUAAGAAAAAAUGGGCACACUUUUUAGCGAGAGUUAUCUUGCUUUACUACCCUAAGAAGAUACAAAAUAUAAGCCGCUACAAAACUGUGCUUGGCAACUUUCAAAUAUCUCAUCUAUUUUGAAAAUAAACGGGUUUUUCGACUAGAACCCAGUCUCCCAAUACAAAUGUGUCAUUUUAACAUGCCUUUCCUUUGAAAACUCUUGACAUUGCCAAGCGCAGAAAUGACAUACUUAACGGCCUUAAAAUUAUGAAACUAGUAGAAAAAUGAAGGAAACAAGAAAAAGUGUGCCCAUUUAAGUUCAAGGGUUUUUCGGGCGUGGCGUGUCACGUGACCUUAUUUGCAUAAUUGGAGCAUACCAAACAGAUAAAAACUAGCCGUUUAUGUGUCUGACAAGUUUUCAGCUUGCCACUGCUAAUGUAUCGAAAGAUAGACCACCCCCCUACUUUUUGACUUAACACCUGGGGACCCAUGCCUUAAUUACCUUGAGUUUCAGAAGACUUUUUUAUGUAUUUACUAACAAUGUUGAACGUUAUAUAUUAUCGGAUGAGUUUUUUCCUCUCUUGUAUGUUAGACACCUUACAUUUUUUCUUGUCCUCACUAACAUUAAUUUUAUAAUUCGGUUGCAUCCAUUGGUUGGCAAGGGCCCAGAAUUUUUUCAGUGGUUUCAAAACAAUACUCCAUUUGAGGACUCAAAAAUUCUCGCAACAAUUUUGUCACCGAUUGUUACUAUUGUCAUGCUUAUGUUAUAGUUAAACACAUUGCUUCUUUUGAUCCUGUAUAAUCUUUUUUUCAAUGCACAAAAAAGGGACCGUUCCGUGUGUCUGUGUGCGGGGCUGGGGGUGGUUUGGGGCUGUUGGCAUUUGACACGGGUGGCAUUUGGGACUUUAAAGUGGGGGGUCAGGCGAAAAAGAUUGGGUGUGAAAGGGCGUAAUUAAAUAAAUUCCUUCAAGGGUUACGGGUCACUGCUCCACCAUACAAUACAAUUGCGCGCCAUCAUAUUUAAAAACAGCAUGGUCGUCCUCACUUUGUGUACCAUCCAAUACAGUAUAUUUGUUGUCAAAAAUAACUAAAUAGGUUGAGUAUGGUUGUCCGGGUGAACGUAAGCUAACGUAGUCCUGAAUAGGACUGUUGCUGACAUUGGCUGACGUUUCGACAACCUGUGCGGUACGUCAGUUGAUGGAACGACAGAAAACAACAAAUUUUAUUAAAAUUAAAUAUAACUACUUACAUUACUUUCCCACCCGCAAAUAGCCUAUGGACUAAUGGAGGCGGGAGGGGCUAAGGACAUAUUUACAAUACAGGGUUUAUCUAUAGAUGGCCUAAAUAAUAGUAAAGACACUACAAUACAAUAAAUAGAAAAAACUAACAUAAAACAAGGUAAGUAAAUAGCAAUUACGAAGCGAGACUAGCAUAAUGUGUUAAACAACUACUAAGACGGAGGACUUCAACAUAAUAAUCUUCUGAGUUCGAAAUUUGAGAACCGAUUCUCAAGGAGCGCUAUAUAUAUCAACUGGAUAAAUUACUAUCCAUUAGGAAAACCAAUUGCGCUAUCUAGUAUAUAGAGAUUUAUCAUCUGUGGUCUAUUGUCCUCCUUUUGGCUUAAGGAGUUUUUAGUGUUUUUUAGAUAUACAGACAACGGCGAACUAGAGUUAAAACAAUUCGAAACUUCUCAAAAGCUAACUUCAAUUGGAAACCAACAAAAAGUGACCUCAACUACUUACUUGCUCGAGGAGUUUCAUCUACUCCGGGAUUGACAUUGACACCUUUUGAACAACUGGGGAAAGAUUGGUCAACUAAGUCGCGAUGUUAUUGGUCGUUUGCAAUUAAGCCGUGAUGUUAUUGGCAAUGAGACUCGUAAUUUUAUUGGGUCGUUUCGAUCCAUCUAUGGUCCCAGUUAAACAGUCGUUUAUUGUUAGUCAAAUUGUCGUUGUCCGGUCAUUUUCUCGUCGUUAGUUUUGCUCGAGUCCGUCAAUUUGUCAUUUGUACGGUGCCCGUAACUGUUGAGUACAGUUCAGUGACGUUUGUCCUAAGUCAGUAAACCAGUUUUCUAAAGUAAGUGGUUGAUAGUAGUCUGUAGAAUAGGUAAUACAUGUCGCAGAGUCCCAGUCGAUUUGAUGUUUCCUCUGUAAAUGAUUGUUGACGUCACCAUUUCUUGUCUUUCGUUUGUAUUCUGUCAGUCGCGUGCUAAGGUUUCUGCCGGUUUCAUCAAUGUAAGUGGCCUGCCAGUCGCAGUAUUUGAUGGUCUCUGUUUGUUUUCGGUUUGUCUUUGUCCUUGAAAUUAGUAAGAAGUCGUAGUUAAAAGUGGUUAUCGGUUGUAAGGUAUAGUAUACGUGCAAUAGUUUCAGAGGUGCCUCUGAAGUACGAUAUAGUCGCCAGCGUAACAAGGCCAGAGUUGAAGUUGGUUUUAGUUUUGGAGUUAGUGUUACUGUGAGUGUUUCGUCUUUCAGAGUCCGCGUUGUAGUUGUUGUUACUAAAAACGUUGUUAAGGUAGUCAGUCCGGUCUUGUAGGCUGUAAGGCGAGUCGCAAACUAGUUGCGCUCGUCUCGUCAAAGUCCAUAUAGUUGUAGCCCUUCGGGUUGUACGAUGACUGGUCUAGUAAUCGGUCGGUAAGUGUCGGUUUUCUGUAGAUUGUCGUUCGUAGCCUGUUGUUGUCGCGAGUGACCCAACGGUCUGGAAAAGGUAUAUUAACAUUUUCCUCGAUCUCCUUCAAGACGAGACUGGCUACCUAAACAACGUCCAAAAUACUUAGCUGUUCAGCUAGCGCCCCAGUAUCAGGAUUUUUGCUUUAUGAUGCUUCAAGAAACUUGAACUCUGACUCAUAGUCGUCACUAUAAGCAGCUGCGCUUUAACCAAGAUGGUCUCCCUCUGGGCGUAGGAGCGUAAGCUUUCCUAGUUAAGGCGCUGGUCAAUAGCACUGACCGUCGUAACAGACCCUUCUAUGCCUCUAAAAUGAUCUUUGGUAGUAACGGAUAGGUUGGGCACCAGUCUCUAGUCUGAGUGAAGUGCGUCGCUUUCUUUGUAGGGUUGGCUCGCCAACCAGGCCUUGACUCAUGUGGACAACGUUAUCGUUGAAAAGGUUGAAGCCCUGAUCAGUGUGCAUUUUCGUGAGCGUUUCUUUUGUUAAAUUUGCCAGGUGUUGUUCACUGACAGCAGCCAUCUUUAUCCCCUAAAGUCUUAUCUGAUCGGUGUGAGAAUAAAGCUACUUUCCAAGCCAAAAAAAAAAAAUAAAUCUUCCAUUUGGGCCUUGUAUCCAAUUAUCUUUGGACGCGCCAUCGGGGCGUAAUCAAGCCUUCAGCUUGAGCUUCCCGUCUCCUGGAAGGACGAACGCUAAAGAAAGGGAGUACAGCCAGAAAAGUAGACCAAACAACCGACGCACAAGGAAGGGCGGAAGACGACUUUCUGGAAUUUUCAGCGCCUUGUGAACCAUAACCUGGCCUGUACGACAAUCACUGAAGUAUUAGGAAUAGGGUGAACUCCAAGGAAUAUAAUGUAACCAGUUGCCAAUAAACCAGUUGUGUGAUACGCAUAGGCACCAGCCUCCCAGCCGAGGGAAAGGGUGCUGUACACGAUAUACUAACUUUUCCACUUAAGCCUGAAUAGGGUUCGGCUGAACGUAGAAAGACGAAUAUGAACAUAGCCACUCAUGACGUCACAAACGCUCUUCUAGUGGCCACGAAUAAGUUAUCUAGAAUGAUCAGAAAGGCGAACUAAGAAAAUUGGCAGUCCUUUAUACACAAAUUUAUAAAGCGUCUGGCGUGGCGCAAUUGCGAUUCUAAAGGCAAGACAGUUAUGAGCAUGACGAGAUAAAGGGCGUUGAACCUCUCAAACCUUGACCCAAAGUGCCAUUUCUUACGUAAUCUAUAAUUUUAUAGUGGAAUGUAAAUUCCUCAAACCCAGCUAUGAGGAAAUUCAGUUCCAGGGGUAAACGGUAAGACGUAAAAUUCCCUCUCGAAUCUGCCUUAAAAGGCAAUCUUCACCCACCUACUCUCGUACUUAACACAUGGGCUCUUCAUGGGGAAGAACCCGUUCCGAAAUGAACUCCCAUUGAGCUAAACUGUUGGUAAGUUCUCUGGAUAUAAAGGAAGACGGGUAUCUGAAGACAGGGAUACGGCUGAAUGAAUAUGCAAUUCGACCCGAUCAGGCGAGGGAGCUAGCCCGAAAAAACUGGUGGGCUUGCCCUGCCCCACUUGCACUACUUUGCAUGACCAGUAAACUGCAAGAAAGGACCCCAAAAAGUGUCCAAAGUGGGGAUUACGGGCAUAAAUAACGGAAAAUUAUGUG